AUGGCGAGCGGGUCCUCGGGCUGCGGCAUCGCUCGGAUCGCCUGGACCUGGCUCUGGCUGGGCACUUGGUGGCUGGCCGGCGCGGAGAUCACUUGCCGGCCGGGUUUGGCGGCUUCUCCAUCUCCGGCAUCGCUUCGGGUUCGGCUACUGCAGGAGCCGCCGUCGCCGCUGGAGGUUCCUCGGGGAGCCCGGGCCGCCACUUUCUCCGACGGCCUGAAGGCGACCCGCGCUCAAGGCAGAGGCUCCAAGGAGGACGGGCGGCCGGGCAAGGUGCGCGGAGGCGGCGAGGAGUUGAAACUGACCAGCACGACCUUUGCCCUCAAUGGGGACUCGGCCCACAACCAAGCCAUGGUGCACUGGUCCGGCUACAACAGCAGCGUGAUUCUCAUUCUUACAAAGCUGCAUGACUUCAACUUGGGAAGUGUUACUGAAAGCUCGCUCUGGAGGUCCACAGAUUAUGGUACCACUUAUGAAAAACUGAAUGACAAGGUGGGGCUGAAGACAGUGCUGAGUUACCUUUACGUUAGUCCUACUAAUAAGAGGAAGAUAAUGCUUCUGAGUGAUCCUGAAAUUGAAAGUAGUAUAAUGAUCAGUAAUGAUGAAGGUGCCACCUAUCAAAAAUAUCGACUGAACUUCUAUAUCCAGAGUCUCCUCUUCCAUCCUAAGCAAGAAGAUUGGAUUCUAGCUUACAGCAUUGACCAAAAGCUCUUCAGCUCUAUGGAUUUUGGCAGAAGAUGGCAGAUCAUGCAUGAACGGAUCACACCAAACAGAUUUUAUUGGUCCGUUGCAGGUUUGGACAAGGAACCUGACCUUGUACACAUGGAGGCUCGGACGACAGAUGGACAUGCCCAUUAUAUAACUUGUAGGAUUCAAGAAUGUUCAGAAACUACCAAAAGAGGACCUUUUUUGCGGUCUAUUGACACAAGUUCACUAGUCGUCCAGGAUGAGUACAUCUUCAUUCAGGUAACCUCUGGUGGAAGAGCAAAUUAUUAUGUAUCGUACAAGAGGGAACCCUUCACACAAAUAAAAUUACCCAAGUAUUCAUUACCAAAGGACAUGCAUAUUAUCAGCACAGAUGAGAAUCAGGUGUUUGCUGCAGUUCAGGAAUGGAACCAGAAUGACACAUACAACCUUUACAUCUCUGACACCCAAGGGGUCUACUUCACCUUAGCCUUGGAGAACAUCAAGAGCAACAGAGGACUGGAGGGGAAUGUCGUUAUUGACCUUUAUGAGGUAGCAGGGAUCAAAGGCGUAUUCCUGGCCAACAAGAAAAUAGAGGACCAAAUUAAGACUUUCAUCACCUACAACAAAGGCAGAGACUGGCGUUUGCUGCAGGCUCCAGAUUCAGAUCUGAGAGGGGACCCCGUCCACUGUCUGCUGCCCUUCUGUUCCUUGCAUUUGCACUUGCAAGUCUCUGAAAACCCCUAUACUUCAGGCAGCAUCUCAAGCAAAGAGACCGUUCCUGGACUUCUUGUUGCUACAGGCAAUGUGGGUCCAGAAUUGUCAUAUACUGAAGUUGGCAUGUUUGUUUCUUCAGAUGCUGGAAAUUCCUGGAGACAGAUCUUUGAAGAGGAAUAUAGUGUCUGGUUCCUUGACUGGGGUGGAGCUCUUGUAGCCAUGAAACAUACAUCAAUGCCCAUUCGUCAUUUGUGGAUAAGUUUUGAUGAAGGAAGGACCUGGAAUAAAUAUGGCUUCACAUCAGCACCGCUCUUUGUGGAUGGGUCCCUUGUGGAACCAGGAAUUGAGACGCAGAUAAUGACGAUCUUUGGCCACCUCAAUCUCCGCUCUGAAUGGCAACUAGUUAAAGUAGAUUACAGAUCCAUUUUUAGCCGGAGAUGUACCAAAGAUGACUUCCAGACAUGGCAUCUGCACAACCAGGGUGAACCUUGUGUUAUGGGUGAGAGGAAGAUCUAUAAGAAGCGCAAAGCAGGGGCAUGGUGCUCCCUCAGUAGAGAUUACUCAAGGACAGUUGUCUCUGAACCUUGCAUCUGUGCUGAAUGGGACUUUGAAUGUGACUACGGCUAUGAAAGACAUAGUAAUAAUCAGUGUAUCCCAGCAUUCUGGUUCAACUUAUCAUCCCAGAUGAAGGAAUGCAGUCUUGGACAGAGCUACCUGAACAGCACUGGGUAUCGGAGGAUUGUUUCAAAUAACUGCACAGAUGGGCUACAAGAAAAGUAUGCAGCCAAGCCAGAACAGUGCCCGGGCAAAGCUCCCCGAGGUCUACAUAUCCUCACCUCCACUGGCAAGUUGGUAACAGAACAAGGAUACAACACUACCUUCAUAAUCCUCAUGGAAGAGGGUGAUCUCCAGAGGACAAAUAUCCAGCUAGAUUUUGGAGAUGGGACUGCUGUCUCUUAUGCUAACUUCAGCCCUAUAGAGGAUGGCAUCCGGCACAUUUACAAGACCACUGGGAUCUUCCAAGUGACAGCCUAUGCAGAAAAUAAUCUGGGCUCUGAUCUGGCAGCACUCUUCUUGCACGUGGUCUGUCCUGUGGAACGUGUCCAGUUGGUUGCUCCCUUUGUGGCCAUCAGAAAUAAGGAGGUCAACCUCACUGCUGUGGUUUGGCCUAGUCAAUCGGGUACCCUCACGUACUUCUGGUGGUUUGGUAAUAAUACAAAGCCAUUCAUCACUUUGGACAGCAGCAUCUCUUAUACUUUUACCACAGAAGGAAUGAAUACCAUCACAGUGCAGGUCUCAGCUGGCAGCAUUCUCAUCCAGGACAUGAAGAACAUUGCUGUGCAUGGGCCUCCAAAUAUGGAUACAAAUAUCAGAGUGACUGGCAUCCCUGAUGAACAAGUUUUGGUGGCGGUGUUCCCUGGAUUGCCCACCUCAGCAGAACUCUUCAUCUUACCCUAUCAUAAUAUGUCAGAUAGAAGGAGUGGCAGUGAAGGUGACCUGGAACAGAUUGUUGAAAUCCUCUUCAAUGCUUUAAAUCAGAACCUGGUCCAGUUUGAGUUGAAACCUGGUGUGGAAGUCAUUGUAUAUGUCACACAAUUAACAUUAGCACCUCUUGUCGACUCCAGUGCUGGGCACAGCAGUUCAGCGAUGUUGAUGCUAUUGUCCGUGGUCUUCGUGGGCUUGGCUGUUUUUUUAAUCUACAAGUUUAAAAGGAAAAUUCCAUGGAUCAACAUCUAUGCUCAAGUCCAGCAUGACAAGGAACAAGAAAUGAUUGGUUCUGUCAGCCAAAGUGAAAAUGCCCCCAAAAUUACACUUGGUGAAUUCACAGACCCUGAAGAACUCAUGGACAAAGAGUUGGAUACACGGGUUCUAGGAAGUAUCUCAACGAUCUCCAACAGUGAAAGCACAAAGGAAAUACCCAACUGCACUAGUGUUUAAUACCAGGAAACUACUUUGGCAACAACAUUUCUGAGUUUUUUAUUUUUAAUUAUUAUUAUUAUUAUUACAAAGGGAAAAUUCUAUGUUAUUAUUAUUAUUAUAUUAUUAUUAUUAUUGAGCAGUUCAGGGUGUGGGUGGUUUGAUUUUUCAUUUUGUUUUGUUUUUGUUUUCUAGGGCCCCAUUCAUAAAUCAAACAUUUGGAAAACUAUGUCAUAGAAUAAUACAAGGUUUAACAGAAAUUAGGAAUAAAAUCCUGAAGUUAAAUUUUUUGGGCACAUUUUCUAUUGUCUUGUUCAGUGAAACAUUUGGCCUAUUUCUCAGACAGGUACUGGAUUGUUCCUAACCAGGCUUAUUCCUGUAGUGUACAGGGUUCUCCCACCACAUCAGCAGCUUGGUGGAUUCACUCCAUUGAGUAUAUAUAUAUUAUCUUGUAUAUCAUUUAAAAUGGGGGAUGAAGCCUUCUGAUCUUAACUGGGCUCUCAACGGGGUGGGUGGGAUAUACAAAAUGGCCACCAACAAGCCUAACCGAGUUUAUGAAUGAGGCCCACACUGGUGCAUGUUAAUACUGAGGAUACUGAUGGCAUACUGUAGAUAAUUACCAUGUAAAUAACUUUUUAUUUCUUGAGAAAUUAUUUAAUGUUUAGUAAAAGAUAAAUUUAAAAUGAAUAAACCAUACACACACACACACAUGCACCAUAUUGUCACCUCUGCAUAAGAAGCAAAACAGUUCACUGAGACCUGCAGUGAACAUCUGUGUCACUUGCAGAGUCUGAAUGUGUUAUCAGUUGCCUGUCAUAUUUAAUUCUUCUUUUGUUGCAUUCAGUCAACAUGAUGGGGUAGUUGCCAAAAGAAGGAAGUGUGUUUCAGUGAUUUUUGUGUAUUGAAUUACAAGCACUUCAGAAUGAAUUACAGUUAGGUUAUUUGCACUUUCACAGAGACUGUACGGGGAAACAAUUAACUAUAUCUUGUAAUAAUUUUAUCAGAAAUGCUGGGAAAUAUCACAAUGAGUCCAUGAUACAUUCAGUUCAAUUGGCAAGUUACACUGGAAAAUGUUUUUCAGAGGGAGAAUUCAAUUCUUAAACUGAAAUAUUGGCCACCACAACGGAGACAGUUGUUGUUCCUAUUCUAUAAUGCUUAAAAUAUAAUGUUAUAUCUUCCCCAAAUGUUGGGGAAACAUCCACUUUUUCCAUAUUUUACAGCAGCUUCACUGUAUUUCCAAAUUAUACAAUGUCUUAUUGUUACUUUGAAAUAAUCUCAAUGCUGUGAAGAUCCGUACCAUAUUAUGUAAUACAUAACCUAUUAGAUUUAAGGGAAAGCUAUCCACAAUGGUGGCAGAUCUGUGCAUUAUGAAGUAUGCCACUGGAUUCUUAUAGUGUGGCCAGGAAGAUUUCAAAUGUACUGUGACUACCAGGAAGAUUGAUCAAAAAUGUGCUUUCCUAUGGAAAAAAACCUGAGGGGAUGUUCAGUCUACCCUACACUCCUCUUCUGCUUUCAGUCUCCAACUUCUACUUCAGAAGAAAUUAGUGUCACCUCUACUGGUACCCUGUGAAUAUAUUUCAGGGAAUAACAGUGAUUGCUGUGGUUUCCAUGACAUUCAAUGAGUCAUAUGUGGAAGGAAAACAAGCCCAUAGCGGCACCAUUUGUCCUAGAGAGGUCUUUAUUAAAUCAGAUAUUGAAGAUUUUGCUAUUAAAUAUAUCAUCACGGUGUGGUCACCAUGAAUGAAUCAUUGUAAACGGAGUUGCCCAUUUUCCCCCCUCUCCUUCUGGUAGACAAUAUAUAAAAUCAAUAACUGAUGUUUUUCUUGUCAGUGAACUAUAAUGAUAAGACAAACUGUAUUUAGUUAAUUUGUAUCAGAUGUUUCUGGCUACAUUGACAAAAUCACCACCACCACCAUUUUAACCUGAAUCUAGGUGGGAAAUUAUGUUUACAUAACCUCAUCAGCAUAAAUCUCAGGUGCGAAUUACCACAGUUUAAAUCAGCAUAGGCCUUUCCUGGCCUUUGCAGAGUUGUGCAGUUAGUGGGUGAGAGCAAAUGCUUGAUUUUACUUGUUAACUGAUGGCAAUUUGCUGCUAAGAUUUAUGCUGAUGGGGUUACACCAGUGGCAUCUAUUCCCAUGAUGUCUGGCUGACCACCUUUCCCUUGACUAUAAAAUGUUUUAACAAUAAAAAGAAAAGUUUCUGCAGUGACCAGAGUCAGUUGAUCCAAGACAUGCAUGCAUGUAUGCUCAAGUCUGGCAUUCUGAUGCUGACCUAGAUGCUGACCUGGCCUCUUUGGUGCCAUGCACUAGCAGCUGGUGGCCUCCUCCCAAAUUAGCGGUGGAGGACAUGCUCCCUCUUUCUUGUUCCACAAGCCACCUAUGAAGACAUCCCCAACAUCUCCUACUGUCUGGGUAGUCAUCAGGAUCGGAGCCUGAGCUCUGAGGUCUCACCCUGCAACCACUGACUUUGGUGAGUACAAUCCAUCCAAACUGAAAGAAACAAGAACCCAGUGCUGUUGGAAAUUGAGUUUUUGUAUUCUUUCAUUCCAAGAAUUAAAUAAGGCAGACAACUGUGAUGCUUAUUUUAAAUGAAGUAAGACAAAUGCAUGAAUCAUAUAUAUA